UAAAAACUGACUGACAGCUGAUCUGUGCAAGCAGUUUCAAAGGAGGACGCACAACAAAAUUAAUUCAAAUCGCCCCACCACGAUCGCUUUCACCAUGGGCACAGCUAUGUUCGCGAGGGUGACUUUCUAUCCAACUUUAUUUUACAAUGUGAUGAUGGAGAGGAUGACCAGCCGGCGCUGGUAUGACCGGAUGGAUGACACGGUGAUCCUUGGCGCCCUGCCUUUCCAGGGGAUGACGAAACAGCUGAAGGAGGAGGAAAACUUAAAGGCAGUAGUGUCAAUGAAUGAGACAUAUGAAUUAAAGAUAUUUUCAAAUGACGCCGAGAAAUGGCGCGAGCACGGCGUAGAGUUCCUACAGCUGGCGACGACGGACAUAUUCGAGACUCCGGACCAGGACAAGCUGUACGAAGGAGUUAGGUUCAUUAACAGGUUUCUGCCAAUUGACAGUAAAAUAAAGCGGAUAACAAGUGAGAACCCAGUGAACAGUGGCACAGUGUACGUGCACUGCAAGGCCGGGCGGACCCGCAGCGCGACGCUAGUCGGCUGCUACCUUAUGAUGAAAAACGGCUGGUCCCCGGCGGAGGCAGUAGAGCACAUGCGUACUCGACGACCACACAUAUUGCUGCACACCAAGCAGUGGGAGGCGCUGCAGAUAUUCCACAGGAAUCAUGUGCAGGCGUAGUUAGCAGCAACGUAGAUAAGAAAUAUACUAGAGGGUUAAAUUCGCGAUUUCAGAAAAGAGCCAGUUUUCGUAUAAUCCGAAACAUAAAAAGUUGGAGACCCUUAUUUUGGGUGAUAUGAGUCUAAGAUCACUACAAGAUGUUUUUUCAACCUUAAGUCAUACUAUACGGCGUUAAUAAUGAAUACUUAUUGACGGGGCAAUCAAAACUCACUAAUUGCCAAAAUAUAAUUAGUUACCUACACAAAAAUCAGCCUUGUCUGUUCACUAUAGCUCUGAACUUGCAGUAGUAAUUAGGUUUGGUUGCCAAUGUGUAGAUAGUUCAUUUGAACAAGUAGGUAUGGUUUCAACAGUAAACCUGUUGUAAAUAAAUUCUGUUUCCUAAAGUUCGUUUUUAGGGUUCCGUACCCAAAGGGUAAAACGGGACCCUAUUACUAAGACUUCGCUGUCCGUCCGUCCGUCCGUCCGUCUGUCACCAGGCUGUAUCUCACGAACCGUGAUAGCUAGACAGUUGAAAUUUUCACAGAUGAUGUAUUUCUGUUGCCGCUAUAACAACAAAUACUAAAAACAGAAUAAAAUAAAGAUUUAAAUGGGGCUCCCAUACAACAACGUG